ACACUGGACGGAUAUGCGGCGAUGCUCUUGCGUGCGAAAUCGCUCGCAGCGGUCUCUAAGCAGCCACGGAGAGAUUUCGCCUCGGAUGAGAGAUUAGGAAGGAGGAGGAGGAGGAGGAAGACCGACCAGCAUCAGAAAAACAAACGGUAUCUUUUGGUCCGUCGCGUCUGCUCGGUGGCGGCGGCCCGUCGAUUGUCGGAGGAAGCCGGGGGCUGGAUUUGAAACGUCGCAGGGAUGUGCUGAAAGCUUGAUGAUGAAAGGAGGAAGAGGCGGAGAGAUGUGGAGUGAGCCCUUCCUGGCCAAGGACAGGUUUUAAAUAGACCCUUGCAAAUCCAGUGACGUCUGUGGUCAGGAGGUGAUGGCGGUUCUGACUGAGCUUCACCACCACUACUACCCCUUCCCACAAAUGGACGCCCCCCUCCUGCACGCCUGAGCCUGCACUCAGCCCUGCCUCCUUCCCCUCCUCUCCUUCUGCCUCUCCUUACUCAUUUCCCACCUCUUCCUCCACCUUCCUCAUCCAGCUGCCGUUUGCUCCCCCAUCUCUCCAGCCACCCCUCCAUCCAUUUCCACCGACAUUGACUUUCACUGUUCCUGUACAGUCUUUACUUUAUUAUGGCGUGCUGUGGCCGCUCUCUGGACUCCCCGUGCACACUAGCCUUGCUGGUGGGCUUCCAGUUCGCCUUUGUUCUCUAUUUCUCCCUCGGGGGCUUCAGAGGCCUGGUGUCUGUGCUGGUGCACACCACGGAGCCGGAGUUUGAUUACUCUCGACCUCACGACGUCUAUACCAACCUCAGUCAUCUGGGAGUGCCACCUCCCCCGCCUCGCAACUCUGGCACUGGACCCCCUGCCACGGGGCUGCCGCUUAGAGACUGCCAGAUCCCCUCCCCACUGCUGGUCGGACCUGUGUCUGUCCACCUGUCCUCUCCUCUGUCUAUGGAGGAGAUCAGGCAGAGGAAUCCGUUAGUGUUGCCAGGCGGACGCUACCGACCUCCAGACUGCGAACCCCGCCACCACACAGCCAUAGUGGUCCCGUACCGGAACCGGCAGACCCACCUCCGUGCCCUCCUCUACCACCUCCACCCCUUCCUGCAAAGACAGCAGAUCCACUACAGCAUCUAUAUAGUACAGCAGUGGGGGAACGGGACAUUUAACCGAGCCAAGCUGCUGAAUGUUGGGGUGCGGGAGGCCCUCAGAGAUGAGGACUGGAGCUGCAUCUUCCUGCAUGACGUCGACCUGCUGCCUGAGAACGACCACAACACCUACACCUGCCACAAGCAGUUCCCCACACACCUGUCUGUGGCCAUGGACAAGUUCAGAUACAGGCUGCCGUACCCACAGUAUUUUGGAGGGGUCUCUGCAGUGACCCCAGACCAGUACAUGAAGAUGAACGGCUUCCCUAACCAGUACUGGGGCUGGGGCGGAGAGGAUGACGACAUCGCCGCCAGAGUGCGUCUGUCGGGCAUGAAGAUCAUGCGCCCUCCGGUGGCCAUUGGUCAUUACAAGAUGAUCAAGCAUAAAGGAGACAGAGGCAAUGAGCAAAACCCACGCAGAUUUGACCUUCUGAAAAGGACCAGACUCAACUGGCGCUCUGACGGCCUCAACUCUCUGACCUAUGAGCUCCUUUCUAAAGAGCUGGAGCCUCUCUACACCAACCUCACCGUCAACAUUGGAGAAGACCCCCGUCUGCCCCCGGGGAAAACACCCAUCCACUUGAAGACAACAACCCCAGCCCACCAACGUAGCACCAGCAAGCCUGGAGGCACGGCCAAACAGGAGAAGAGGCAAGAGAGCAAAGGGGCCGCGGCGGCAAAUUUGACUGUGGUCAAGCCGGUUGGUGAAAAGACAGAACCUGUCCAGUCAAAGGCGGCCAAUCAAACAACACAGGAGAAGACAGGUGUGAUGAAAUAGGGUGGAUCACAUCUGUAGCGUAAAGUGGCUUCUGCCUUUGUUUUCACCUGAAAGACAAAAUGAAGGAAAGCGGUGUAGAUCUGUUCUGUUGUGGGACAUGACGUACACCAGCUUUUUGUGCUCAGCGCAGAUUAGGGACAGUUAUGCAAUGGAUCCAGUGAAGAAGCCACUUUUGUCUACAGGGGGUGCGUUCAGGAACACGACUGAGUCACCUCUGGGUGUGUCAUCCGCUGAAUGUGACUCUGGCUCCAGUGACUGUGGUCAGGCUCACGACCGAGUUUGGGGCCGGGAGAAGAACGGCGCAGGACUCAGUCAGAUCCGUGUAGAGGUCCAAAACAAACUGAAUGAAAAUGAGACAGAAAGUAUAUAUAAAUCUCUGCUCUUUUCCAGACAUCGCAAGUUGUAAGCAACCCAUGUGCUGCCGGUAGACCUGCAGCUUCAUCCAGUUUGCUCCCAAAAAACUGCUGCUGUCAGUCCACCCCACCCCACGGUGGGUUUGUGUUUCUGUGCCUUCUCUCUUUUAUGCGCAUUUUAUAGACUGGUAGUUGCUUUUAGACGCUGACCUGGGGUUAAUUUUACCUCUCCUGUGUCGUGGCAAAGAAAGCAGGGAGGCUAAAGCUGAUCCUAGAUCAGAACAAAUGAUUUGUUCCAGGACUGCCGUUUUAUAUUUGUGUGCAUUGAUCAAACGCUGACCAACUCCAUAGUUAUCAGACUAUUCUAGAGUUUAUAUUUAUAUAGAGAGACUUCUUUAUUUGUUUACUGGUUUGUUUUACUCGUCCUUCCUUACAGUCUGGUGCCUCUCUCUCUGGCAUUUAGUUUCUAGACAAUCAAAUCAUAUGGGAAGAUAACUCUGUAUCCAACCACUAAACAAAGUGAGGAAAUAUUAUCAUGACUAUCUUUACACCUGUCAGAUAAACAUAGACUUGGCAUGAUAGUUGUUGUUGUCUAUACUCUCGAUACAAGGAUAGACCUGUGCUUCUGGUAUUAUCUGUGAUUUUAUUCUUUUUCUUUUAGAUUAGUCAGGUAUGGAGCAAAAAGCAAACUUGCAGACAAUAUUGUUGGCACGUGGCUACAUAUUUGUCAGUUUCAGGUGUUUUAAUAAUAAAAAAGGUGAUAGUUAUGGUAAAGCACUGUGUAUAGAUCUAGAAGGCCUGACGUCUUCACAGAGGGUCUUUCAGUAUAUUAUGAAAGACCCCGGUGCAUCUAAAAGCUAUAAAUGAGCUUCAUUUGCUAGAAUGAUGCUUUUGUGUCUUGAAGGAAAGGAGACAAGGAAGAAGGAAACAGGCAUUUUAGGUCAGAAAUGAAGUAAUGUAAUUCUGAGGGUGGGUAAUCUGUGUUAACAGAUCAGUUAUCAUCUACUGUAUGAUCAAAAAAGCCACUUCAUCUCUCAGAUAUUCACUUUUUGUUUUCCAUAUCAGUCAUGUGGAAUGUAUUACUUUGAGUUCUCAUCCUAGUUUAGCUUUUGUGAAGGGAGAGCUGAUCUUAGCUUGUGGACAGGGACUUGAAUCUAAUCACUUGUAGGGCAUAAGAGGUCUUGCUGCUAUUUGACUAGGGAAAUGGUUAGUUGUUUAAUUAAUCAGCUUGAUAAACGACACUAAUUUCCUGGUGUGGAAUUGUGUUUUAUCACACUAACAGGUAAUGUAUUACAUAUGCUAAUUUGAAUGUAUUUAAUUUAUUAAGAUAUUUAUUGAGUCGCUAAUAGAGCUACACGCAGACUUGUGUGUAUGUGUUUUAGGGGUUGAGAUGUCCUUCUCCAUUGUAGAGCAGAUUAUUAUCCCUUUAUGCUGUAUCUCAUGCUUCCCAUGUUAACAUUGUGCCUCAUGAAGUACACUAGGAUUGAAGGCAUACCGCUGGGUUAUAUGUGAGCGCCCUCAAGUGGCGCUCUCUGGCAUUGCGCCAGCCGAGACAAAAACCCCGGACUGAAUGAAACUGCAGUGUUGUGACAUGAAUGUUAAUGAUUAACGUUCGCCAUUCACAGGUUUCAGCCAAUCAAAUCUUUGCAUUGCUCUGUGUGGAGGGUUUCUUGUUUGCGUAAAAUCACAUGAUUGAUCCUGGGAGCUUAAAGCUGUAGAGCAACUCUCUGACUUUUACUGGUUAACAGAAGCAGAAACUGCGUGGCGAGUGUUUUAUGAAUGGGUAUAGUUGUAUAGAAGGACUCUGUGUUUAUUUAUGAUAAAAUACAACCUGUGUUAAAGAGUGCUGUACAAACAGAUUGUCUUCGCAGAGUACACUGAGAGAUAAUAAGGCCUCAUUUCUUAGCUUUAUACUACAUAAUAAUUUAGUUGCAUAUCAAUAGAUAAUAUAUCCUCCAUUUAUCAUAUUGCCUGGGACAAUGCCUGUAUGACAUGAAACAGUGACACACUGGAAGCUUUUAAGGACGUUAUGUAAUCCCAGCAGAUUAAUCAGCAAACUGUGUGCUUACCUGGAGAUUGUUCUAUAUUUAAUAAAUAGGCUAGUUUUUAUAAAGGAUGUUUUCGCAUAAAUGUUGGAAAUAUAUUCUGUGUAGUUGAAUGCAAACUCAGUAAACAGGAUUGGAACUUCUCAGUAUCAUUUUUUUUUACUAUUUAAAGAGGUAAUGAGUUCAUUCUAUCAUUAAAACCAUUUGAGAAGUGUUAAUGUGAUUGCCAAGAACCAGAAAGACGGGAUGUUUAUGUGUUCAUGGCAAAUGAGCCGUGUUUGAUACAUUACAUCACUUCAAAUGAAGGACCAUGAUAUUUGCAUCAUGCGAUGACCCCCGUUGUCAUCUUAUGUUGCCUUAUUUACUGAUCUUGUCUUGAAGAUGAAAAUGUGUGUGUGUGUGUGUGUGUUUGUGUGUGUGUGUGUGUGUGUGUGAGUGUGUGGAGCAAGGUCAUCAAAAAAGGCAACAGAGGCAGUGAGCUAUGACUGACAGUGUCGUGACUGAAAGCAAAU